GCGCGCGCUCUCGUGGCCUCGCUGUCCCGGCGGCGCCGACUGAAGCGCCGCGCCCGCUGCCGACAUGCUGCGCCGCGCUCUGCUCUGUCUGGCCCUGGCCGUGCUGAUGCGCGCGGGCGCCGCUGCCCCGGAGGAGGAGGACCACGUCCUGGUGCUCAACAAGGGCAACUUCGAGGAGGCGCUGGCGGCCCACAAGUACCUGCUGGUGGAGUUCUAUGCCCCUUGGUGCGGCCACUGCAAGGCUCUGGCCCCCGAGUACGCCAAAGCCGCUGGGAAGCUGAAGGCAGAAGGUUCGGAGAUCAGGCUGGCCAAGGUCGAUGCCACGGAAGAGUCUGAUCUGGCCCAGCAGUAUGGUGUCCGUGGCUACCCUACCAUCAAGUUCUUCAAGAACGGGGACACAGCUGCUCCCAGGGAGUACACAGCCGGCCGGGAGGCCGAAGAUAUCGUGAAUUGGCUGAAGAAGCGUACAGGCCCGGCCGCCGCCACGCUGCCUGACACGGCGGCCGCAGAGGCCUUGCUGGAGUCCAGCGAGGUGACCGUCAUCGGCUUCUUCAAGGACGUGGAGUCGGACUUUGCCAAGCAGUUCCUGCUGGCAGCGGAGGCCGUCGACGACAUACCUUUUGGGAUCACGUCCAACAGUGACGUGUUCUCCAGAUACCAGCUGGCGGGGGACGGGGUCGUGCUCUUCAAGAAGUUCGACGAAGGCCGCAACAACUUUGAGGGGGACGUCACCAAAGAGAAGCUGCUAGACUUCAUCAAGCACAACCAGCUGCCGCUGGUCAUCGAGUUCACGGAGCAGACGGCCCCAAAGAUCUUCGGAGGCGAAAUCAAGACCCACAUCCUGCUGUUCCUGCCUAAGAGCGUGCCCGACUACGACAGCAAGCUGAGCAGCUUCAAGACGGCCGCCCAGCGCUUCAAGGGGAAGAUCCUGUUCAUCUUCAUCGACAGCGACCACGCUGACAACCAGCGCAUCCUCGAGUUCUUCGGCCUCAAGAAGGAGGAGUGCCCCGCCGUGCGCCUCAUCACCCUGGAGGAGGAGAUGACCAAGUACAAGCCGGAGUCCGACGAGCUGACGGCGGCGAAGAUCGAGGAGUUCUGCCAUCGCUUCCUGGAGGGCAAGAUCAAGCCCCACCUCAUGAGCCAGGAGCUGCCCGAAGACUGGGACAAGCAGCCUGUCAAGGUGCUGGUUGGGAAGAACUUUGAAGAAGUUGCCUUCGACGAGAAAAAGAACGUCUUUGUGGAAUUCUAUGCCCCGUGGUCAGCCAGCCUCCGGCCUCCUUUCCUAGCUGCCGCUCACAGACGGGCAGCCUUGGCUGACUGCCCACCUUCUCCCCUCAUUCCACCCAGACCGUGCCUGCCAAGGUCGGGGAGAUGUUGCCGUGCGGGUCCGGCAGUCGGUUAGGUCCGGGUUGUACUCCAGCUGUCCUCUUAGAGGUCUCCCUACUGACGUCUUUCCCUUUGUCCCGCUGGAGCCUCUGUGGUCGGCCCUGUGCUGGGGGCUGCUCCCAGGGCACCCGUGUCCCCAGGCUUCCAUCAUCUGGAUGGAAGGGCCUUUGUGACAGAUGUGCAGGUCUGGGACAGGGAACUGAUGUGACUUUCUCAUGCUGCUGGUUUAGUCAGGAAGCCCAGUGGGGCUGGCUCCCCAGUGUGGGGACCGAGUGCUCUGCGGGCCCGGGGCUCAGGUUACAGGCUCAGGCCCUGCAGGGCAUCUGCUCUGGGGCCAGCCCAGGUUAGGCCCUGGGUCUGCAGAGAUGGAGAGGAGCAGGUGAGGUGUCCAGAGAGCCCCACUGUUGCAUCGUGGGCAGACAUUGUGACGGGAGCCAAGAGGGGGUGAGCACCUGAGUUGGCCCAGGGCGGAUGAGUAGGGGACCCUAAGAUGAGGUCACAUGCCCGCAAAGGCUGGGUGGUCCCUGGAGGCUGCCUGGUGGAGAGAGCCCUGCAGUGGGCCAGGUGAGGCGGGAAGGGCAGGGCCGUGCAGCAGGGGCCUCCCGGAUCGCGGAGCACAACCUGCGGGAGGACUGACGAUGCCUGGGCAGGACGAGGCAGGGGCUGGCUGGUCCUCCCGGCCCCUCCAUCCUGUCGCGUAACGGGAGCUCCCCACCGUGUCUGACUGCUGACAGCCCCUUGAGUGGCCCAGGGUGUCCUUAGGCCAGAAAGGGCUUUCUCUUUGCUCCAGUGUUCGGGUGGCUGAUGCCUGGGAAAGGGCAGCAAGUCCCCUGAGUCCACGGAAGGAGAAGUCCCUGUGAGAGGGGCUGGGCUGCUGCGGGGUGGGGUGGGGUGGGGCCUGGGCUGAGGUGUGUCGCCCAGGAAGCUGGUUUUGUGCUCUUCCGGGCUUCUUGUCUUGCUUUCUGGGCUUGCGGUUAUCUGUGCAGGUGUUCAAAGGCUGGACGUUGGUGACAGGACUGAGUAAGCCAGAGAGCAGGGACCCACAGCUUUCUGGUCCUCUGGGAAGGGCCACAUCUCUAUGCUCUGGGCUCUAGGAGGGAGGGGGGCAGAAGCUUUUGUGCUCAGGGCCCCCCUCUGUCUGCCCCCAGUAUCUAGGGUCGUCUGUUCUGGGGCCGGGCCUGGGACUGGCUCUGUGGAGGCACCUUCCGUACUGUGCUCUGCUGUCAGCCGGGGGGGAUGUCCCCUGGCUGGUUUGAGACUGAGCC